GCAGACUCCUUUGUGAACAGCCAGGAGUGGACCCUGAGCCGCUCGGUUCCGGAGCUUAAAGUGGGCAUUGUGGGGAACCUGUCUAGCGGGAAGUCGGCCCUGGUGCACCGCUAUCUGACAGGGACCUAUGUCCAGGAGGAGUCCCCUGAAGGGGGUCGGUUUAAGAAGGAGAUUGUGGUGGAUGGCCAAAGUUACCUGCUUCUGAUCCGAGAUGAAGGAGGCCCCCCCGAGCUCCAGUUUGCUGCCUGGGUGGACGCGGUGGUGUUCGUGUUCAGCCUGGAGGAUGAAAUCAGCUUCCAGACCGUGUACAACUACUUCUUGCGGCUCUGCAGCUUCCGUAAUGCCAGCGAGGUGCCCAUGGUGUUGGUGGGCACACAGGAUGCCAUCAGUGCCGCAAACCCACGGGUCAUCGACGACAGCAGGGCCCGCAAGCUCUCCACAGACUUGAAGCGCUGCACCUACUAUGAGACGUGCGCGACCUACGGGCUCAACGUGGAGCGCGUCUUCCAGGACGUGGCCCAGAAGGUCGUGGCCUUGCGCAAGAAGCAGCAGCUGGCCAUCGGGCCCUGCAAGUCACUGCCCAACUCCCCCAGCCACUCAGCAGUGUCCGCCGCCUCCAUCCCGGCCGUUCACAUCAACCAGGCCACGAAUGGCUGCAGCAGCGCCUUCAGCGACUACUCCUCCUCAGUCCCCUCCACCCCCAGCGUCAGCCAGCGGGAGCUGCGCAUCGAGACCGUGGCGGCCUCCUCCACCCCCACACCCGUCCGCAAGCAGUCCAAGCGGCGCUCCAACAUCUUCACGGUAUGUGCCCUGCGCGCCGCCCUCCCGCCGGCCCGGCUGCUGGCACUGCUCAUCUCUUCCUCAGGUGUCUGCUUGUUCCUCCAGCUCCUAUGGCCCCCAAAGCCAUCCCUCUGA